UAUUGCUAAAUUAUUACUCAAACGAUACAAAACACAGAAGAAAAGAUACGCCGAUCACAAAAAUAAUGUCUAGAAGCAGAAGCAGAUCAUCAGGGGGCUACUCUCGCAGAGAGGCGCGGUCGCCUGCGCACUCUCCCCCCAUCAUAGUGACUCCUAUGCCGCGCCGUUCUAUAUUCAGGGAUGCCGCCGCAGUUGCGGGAGGUGUCACCGUUGGAACAGCAGCGGGUCACGUAGCUGGUGAAGCAAUAACAAGUUUGUUCUCUGGAAGGAGACGAGAGGAGGUGGUCCGGCAUCUACCGCAGGACUAUCAGCUUGGCACUGAACCCACCGGGCCUUGUGCUUUCGAGAUAUCCACCUUCCUGCAAUGCGCUGCUAACCGCGACAAUUUACAGGAAUGCGAACAAUUCAAUGAGGCGCUGAAGGAAUGCAAACGACGCAACCGGAUACCGUAAAAUGCUCCAUAUGAUAAGCAAAAAAUAAUAAUUUAG